UCGAGGUUGGCAAGCAGCAGCAGGGACACACAACCAAGUAUCCAAUCGUCAACUGUCUUUUGUCUGCACCGCUUCUCUCUCUCCUAGCUGUCGCUCUAGGUGGCUUCGAGAAGCGCUAGAGGGAGAGUGAAAGAGCGAUACUCUCUCUCACCGACACAACCCCUAGAGAGUCCCAGAAGGAUAUCAUCAAAUUCAAAGCAGUUGACCAGCGUUCUCGAUCGAUUCGCACUUGACUAUCUGUGAAAUCUGGAGUAAGAGUAGAAAGGGAUCAAAUCAGCAGAUUUCGGGGUAUUUUUGGACUUCGAAUUCGCUGAAAACCAUGGCUUCGAACUCAAAUUUGAUCAGAGCGAUCGAAUCGGCGUUGGGAGUUUCGUUUGGUUCGGAAUUGGUGUCUGAUACUGCGAUUGUGGUUGUGACGACUUCUGUUGCUGUGAUCAUCGGAUUGUUGUUCUUUCUGUUGAAGAGAUCGUCUGAUCGGAGUAAAGAAUCGAAGCCUGUUGUGAUUUCGAAGCCAUUGCUGGUUGAGGAAGAGGAAGAGGAAGAUGAGGUUGAGGCCGGUUCGGGGAAGACGAAGGUGACUAUGUUCUAUGGUACUCAGACUGGCACUGCCGAGGGUUUCGCCAAGUCUUUAGCAAAAGAGAUCAAGGCUAGAUACGAAAAGGCUAUUGUGAAAGUUGUUGACCUGGAUGAUUAUGCUGCUGAUGAUGAUCAAUAUGAACAAAAACUGAAGAAAGAGACUCUGGUAUUUUUCAUGUUGGCAACUUAUGGAGAUGGAGAGCCAACUGAUGAUGCUGCAAGAUUCUACAAAUGGUUUACUGAGGAAAAUGAAAGGGGAGCCUGGCUUCAACAGCUUACAUAUGGUGUCUUUAGUCUGGGUAAUCGUCAAUAUGAACAUUUCAAUAAGAUUGGAAAGGUGGUAGAUGAACAGCUUAGCAAACAAGGUGCAAAACGUCUUAUUCCAGUUGGUCUUGGGGAUGAUGAUCAGUGCAUUGAAGAUGAUUUUGCUGCUUGGCGGGAAACACUGUGGCCUGAAUUAGAUCAAUUACUUCGAGAUGAGGAUGAUGCAAACACAGUGUCUACCCCAUAUGCAGCUGCUAUUCCUGAGUACCGAGUAGUUAUUCAUGAUCCUUUGAGUGGGAGAGGAGAAGCUCCAUCGUUCUCGAUCGAUUCGCACUUGACUAUCUGUGAAAUCUGGAGUACGAGUAGAGAGGGAUCAAAUCAGCAGAUUUCGGAGUAUUUUUGGACUUCGAAUUCGCUGAAAACCAUGGCUUCGAACUCAAAUUUGAUCAGAUCGAUCGAAUCGGCGUUGGGAGUUUCGUUUGGUUCGGAAUCGGUGUCUGAUACGGCGAUUGUGGUUGUGACGACUUCUGUUGCUGUGAUCAUCGGAUUGUUGUUCUUUCUGUUGAAGAGAUCGUCUGAUCGGAGUAAAGAAUCGAAGCCUGUUGUGAUUUCGAAGCCAUUGCUGGUUGAGGAAGAGGAAGAUGAGGUUGAGGCCGGUUCGGGGAAGACGAAGGUGACUUUGUUCUAUGGUACUCAGACUGGCACUGCCGAGGGUUUCGCCAAGUCUUUAGCAGAAGAGAUCAAGGCUAGAUACGAAAAGGCUAUUGUGAAAGUUGUUGACCUGGAUGAUUAUGCUGCUGAUGAUGAUCAAUAUGAACAAAAACUGAAGAAAGAGACUUUGGUAUUUUUCAUGUUGGCAACUUAUGGAGAUGGUGAGCCAACUGAUAAUGCUGCAAGAUUCUACAAAUGGUUUACUGAGGAAAAUGAAAGGGGAGCCUGGCUUCAACAGCUUACAUAUGGUGUCUUUAGUCUGGGUAAUCGUCAAUAUGAACAUUUCAACAAGAUUGGAAAGGUGGUAGAUGAACAACUUAGCAAACAAGGUGCAAAACGUCUUAUUCCAGUUGGUCUUGGGGAUGAUGAUCAGUGCAUUGAAGAUGAUUUUGCUGCUUGGCGGGAAACACUGUGGCCUGAAUUAGAUCAAUUACUUCGAGAUGAGGAUGAUGCAAACACAGUGUCUACCCCAUAUACAGCUGCUAUUCCUGAGUACCGGGUAGUUAUUCAUGAUCCUACUACUACAUCUUACGAGGACAAGAACUUGAAUAUGGCAAAUGGAAAUGCUUCAUAUGAUAUUCACCAUCCAUGCAGAGUUAAUGUUGCUGUUCAGAGAGAACUUCACAAACCCGAGUCUGAUCGCUCUUGCAUACAUCUGGAGUUCGAUAUAUCAGGAACUGGUAUUAUAUAUGAAACCGGUGACCAUGUGGGUGUUUAUGCUGAUAACUUUGAUGAAGUUGUUGAAGAAGCAGCAAACUUGUUGGGUCAGCCUCUAGAAUUGCUCUUUUCUGUUCAUGCUGACAAAGAUGAUGGCACAUCUCUUGGAGGCUCAUUACCGCCUCCUUUUCCUGGCCCUUGCACCCUUCGCGAUGCACUUGCACAUUAUGCAGACCUACUGAAUCCUCCUCGAAAGGCUGCUUUAAGUGCUUUGGCUGCUCAUGCAGUUGAACCUAGUGAAGCAGAAAGGCUCAAGUUCUUGUCAUCCCCUCAGGGAAAGGAGGAUUACUCACAAUGGGUUGUUGCAAGUCAAAGAAGCCUUCUUGAGAUAAUGGCUGAGUUUCCAUCGGCAAAACCUCCCCUUGGUGUAUUUUUCGCAGCAGUGGCCCCUCGCUUGCAACCACGUUACUAUUCUAUCUCGUCCUCUCCUAGAUUUGUUCCAAAUCGAGUUCAUGUGACCUGUGCGUUAGUUUAUGGACCAAGUCCCACAGGACGAAUUCACAAAGGGGUGUGUUCUACCUGGAUGAAGAAUGCGGUUCCUCUAGAGAAAAGUCAUGACUGCAGCUCAGCUCCUAUUUUUACCAGGACAUCCAACUUUAAGUUACCAACCGACCCUUCAAUUCCGAUAAUCAUGGUGGGACCUGGUACUGGCUUGGCACCUUUCAGAGGGUUUCUACAGGAAAGGUUGGCCCUGAAAGAGGAUGGUGUUCAACUUGGUCAUGCUAUGCUGUUCUUUGGAUGUAGAAAUCGCAGAAUGGAUUUCAUUUAUGAGGAUGAGCUCAAUAAUUUUGUCGAUCAAGGUGCAGUAUCUGAGCUGGUUGUUGCAUUCUCACGAGAGGGACCAGAGAAGGAGUAUGUUCAACAUAAGUUGAAUGCAAAAGCAGCACAAGUUUGGGGUUUGAUCUCCCAGGGGGGAUAUCUUUAUGUUUGUGGUGACGCGAAGGGUAUGGCCAGAGAUGUCCAUCGCAUGUUGCAUACCAUUGUUGAACAGCAGGAAAAUGUGGACUCAAGAAAGGCCGAGGUUAUUGUGAAGAAACUUCAAAUGGAAGGACGAUAUCUUAGGGAUGUAUGGUGAUGAAUCGAUUUCAAAGCUUUCCUGUCAAUAGUUGGUUGCAAAAUCUUUGGCAGGCAUUGAGGUGGAUUCGUUUUUCUGUUCUAUCUCAACCUUAUUCGCCAAGUUUCUCUCUCCCGUUACUGGAUCCUUUCAAACCAUGACCGGCUGUUGAAAACAGAACCUGGUUUCCUGACUUUUUUAAAUUUUGAUCUGCUAGAUGCUUGUUUGUUCUUCUAUUUUAUUUUCCAUUUCAGUUAAUUUUUUACUUUAUAAUUUACAUAGAAAACAUCAUAGUAAUUGCAACGGUGUCGAAUCACAUACUGGGUUGUUGUAGGUUUGUUUGAAGGGGUCUUGUAAGGAUAAUAACUUAAAAAGAAAUGAAAUUAAGGUAGAAUAAACUAGUAUUUAUUCAUGUUUGAGAUCCACAUUAAAAUAGAACAGCAAAGUUACAAUUUGGUUA